AUGCCAAAGCCACAAGUGGCUGAGGCUCUCCGCCCCAAAGUCCGUCCGACGGGCCGAACCAGGCAACCGGAGCUCUCUCGACUCUCGCGACUCCACAUGUUUACGUCCGAGCUCGACUCCCCUCUUCCAUUCGCACCUACCUGCAUCGCCAUCGCCCUGCUCGUCUCUCUCGCUCCGACCGAAUCGCCUGCCAUAUCGGAGCACCCCGCUGGUCCGGACACGCCUCACUCCCUGACCCGCCUUCAGCAAUGA